UGUACGUGGCAGUCAGAGAGCAGCUAAGGCUGAUGCGGCGCCUCUCCUGCAACAAUUCACUCAUACAAACGGACAUCCCGCAACCUGACAGGAUAUACUGAAGCAGGGACGCUCUUUACACAACCAGACUUGGUGUGACACCAGCUACAAAACACUUGUACCAUGUUUACCCUGUCGGAGCUGGUUGUCUUGCUGGCCGUCCUGUCUGCCACUGCGUCCGGCUACUUCGUUAGCAUAGACGCCCAUGCUGAGGAGUGCUUCUACGAGCGGGUCAACUCCGGGACCAAGAUGGGCCUCAUGUUCGAGGUUGCCGAAGGAGGCUUCCUGGACAUCGAUGUCGAGAUAACGGGGCCCGAUGGUAAGCAGAUUUACAAAGGCGACAGAGAGUCCAGUGGGAAAUACUCGGUGGCAGCACACAUGGACGGAACCUACAAGUUCUGCUUCAGCAACAAGAUGUCAACCAUGACACCCAAGAUCGUCAUGUUCACGAUCGAUAUCGGAGAGGCCCCUAAAGGCCAAGACAUGGAGACGGAAGCCCACCAAAACAAGCUGGAGGAGAUGAUCAAUGAACUGGCAGUUGCAAUGACAGCUGUAAAGCAUGAGCAGGAGUACAUGGAGGUCCGCGAGAGGAUACACAGAGCAAUCAACGACAACACAAACAGCAGAGUGGUGCUGUGGUCGUUCUUUGAAGCUCUGGUUCUGGUGGCAAUGACACUUGGACAGAUUUACUACCUGAAGAGAUUUUUUGAAGUACGGCGAGUGGUGUAGUGUGAUUAAAUGAUCCCUCUGUGUCCUCCACUGUUUUCUCCAACACCAAGACAGUUAUUUACACUCUGGAAAGGAGACUGGCAGUUUUGAGUAAAGCCUACUUAUGAUUGGAUCUCAGAUGUUUUGUUCACCUGUUACCUAUUUGGUUCCCUCUCAAAAAAUGUAAUUAGUGUUUGUUUGGAAUGAAUGGCCAAAACAUUCUGGGCUUGUUUUUUUUUUUUGUUUAACAGAUUUUAUUGUUUGAUCAUUACAGUUAAGAACCAAUUACUAGCCAGUACAGUUUUGCCUGUUUGAAUGACUGUGAGGCUCAUAAUUUUAAGUAAAGGCAGUCGGAUGGAAAAUAAAUGCACAGAAAAGGACAGGCAUGUGUGGAGUCCCCACAGGAGAAUGUGGCUCUUAUAAGAUAUAAACAGGACCCAUUUUCCUAAUAUAAGAAAUAAAAAAAAUGCAUUUGUUUUGGUCUGAGAUGCAGGAGAAUUUGUUUCCAGUGUCUAAGUCAGACGAUGUUCUGGCAGAUAUGCGAUAUAUUGUGUUAAUGCUCUCAAACAACAAAUUGCACUCCUGAUGAACACAUCUAACUAUCUGAAGGACCUACAUUUGGUCUUUAAGGGAAACUGUACAGCUUCUAGCUCUGUUUUAUUCAUAGCGAUCCAUGCCACGGGUGGGUGUAAACGGUGUGACUUCCUACGUAGUUCAGAAAAUGACAACAGGCGAGUUGUUUCUUGGCCCAAGAGUUCACAAGUUAAUUUUCUUAAACUUUCACUUAGCAGUAAGUCCUUGAAGAGCUGAGGCAGGUUGGAUUUUAAACUGAUCUGUUUGGAGUGCAACUCAGAAAGCAAAGUGUAGAGGAAUACAGAAAUACAUGUUACAUGUUGAUUGCGGCUGGCUGGCUGGGUGGGGGGGGGGGUCUGACACCUAAUGACUGCUGUGUGCUUUAGUUGCUUCUACUAUAGUUUUCGGUUGGGGAUUUUAAAUUAUAUGAUUGUAUACAAUUUUGAACUGUUUAUUUUUUUUCCCUGGAGCAUAUCCUGUGACACGCAGCUUUUUGGAUGAUAGCUUUCAGAUGAUAAUGUUCUACCAUCAUCUUUCCCCAUGCAAGGUAAAGCUUAUAUCCAAGGCAGUAGCUUCACAUCCAGCGCACAGCUGCAACAUCUGACGUGUUGCGUGUUACUGAUUAUGCUCCGGUUUUGUAUUAAAAAACAGUCUUUGGUGAGCUCAGGCAGGUAAACUGCUCUGUACACAGUCUCUCCCUUUUUGUGAUUACAGACAAAUCUGAUAAAUGGAUCUGUACAAAUGUCUGUGGAAAAAUGCCCCAUGUUUCAUAAUAAAUCCAAUAUUCUGUA